CUGUCAAAUUCAAAACGCCAAAUAAAAUUCGUGUGAAUGUGAAGAAAAAUUAAAAAACAAUAAUCAUGUUUCAAUUUGGAGGAUUCAAUAUGAUAUUCCCAGAUGUCGGACGUAGUUUCCAAUCAUCAUACAAAUGCUUCUCCGUAUCUAUGCUUCCAGGAAACGAACGGCACGACGUCGAAAAGGGUGGAAAGAUAAUAAUGCCACCAUCGGCUCUUGAUGCACUGACACGUCUUAAUGUCGAAUAUCCAAUGCUCUUCAAAUUGAUCAACAGCAAAAAGAAUAGAAACUCUCAUGCUGGUGUUUUGGAGUUUGUUGCCGACGAAGGAAAAGUAUACCUUCCAUAUUGGAUGAUGGAUAAUUUACUUCUCGAAGAAGGAGACAUCAUUACAAUUGAAAGUGUCUCACUUCCGGUGGCAACAUUUUCAAAAUUUCAACCACACAGCACUGAUUUCUUAGACAUAACCAAUCCAAAAGCUGUUCUAGAGAAUGCUUUGAGAAAUUUUGCAUGUCUUACAACUGGCGAUGUUGUUGCAAUAAAAUACAACAAAAAAGUCUACGAGUUAUGUGUCCUGGAGACAAAACCUGGAAAUGCUGUCAGCAUUAUUGAAUGUGAUAUGAAUGUUGAGUUUGAAGCUCCUGUAGGAUAUAAAGAGCCAGGACAUCCAAAGAAAGAAGAAAAACCAGAGGAAGAAAAUGUUGAGAACAUGGAAGAAGAUGUCAACACUUUUAGCGGUUCUGGAAAUCGCUUGGAUGGCAAAAAGAAAAAGGAAGCUCAAUUAUCACAACCUGUCAUGAAAAAGAUUCUUGCUCGUGGAAUUCCUGAUUAUGACUAUAAAAUUGGAGUUAUAAAGUUUGAUCGUAACGUCAAACCAAUCAGUGAUCGCGUUCAAAAGGAAGAAGCUAUAGCAAGCGAACCAGAGGACUUCCAGGGUCAAGGAUUUUCAAUGAAAAAAUCCAGGAAAUAAAUUUUAAAUUAAAUGUAAAGGUUUUCAUGCGUU